AUGAAGCUAUCAACCAGCUCGCUCAUCCAGAGCGCCCUCCUCUUAGCAGCAUCUUAUAUCCCAGUUACUGCAGCCUCGGACUUGGAAUCCCUCGCCCCCUGCGUUGCACGCUCUCCAACCACCGGCUUGUACUACGACCUGAGCGCGAUCUCGUUAACCCCGCCCGAGUCGAAAGAUGGAGAGAAGACACACAAGGGAGGGCCGGGGGAGAGUUGGCACGCCAGGGGCCAUGACUACCCGUCCAAUUUUACGAUAAAUAUCUGUGCGCCGGUGGUUGAGGAGCUCAAGGAUGUGGUGGGAGUUGAGAAAGCACGUUGGAAGAAUAUCAGUGCUUAUUACGAGUUGGAUGGAGAGGUUUAUUCGAUUGGACAACAAGCUUCCGAUCCCUUCUUCCGUGGCCGCAAACUCGUUCUCAACUACACUGAUGGCUCGCCCUGCUCCAGUGAUUUCUCAGACGAUAAUACCCGAACCAAGUCCUCCAUCAUGUCCUUCCUCUGCGAUCGCGACGCCCACGCCUCUCAAACGGCCGUAUCCUACGUCGGCACAAUGGACGAGUGCACAUACUUUUUCGAAGUCCGGAGCUCAGUUGCAUGUGGAGGCAUGGCCCCGGGUCCGGAUGGCCAGGGACUAGGGCCCGGGGGUGUGUUUGGCGUUAUUGCCCUGAUCGCCGUCGCAGUAUACCUACUCGGAGGCUGCGCCUACCAACGAACCGUCAUGCACCAGCGCGGCUGGAAACAAUGCCCGAAUUACAGUCUCUGGGCAGGCAUGGUGGACUUUAUCAAAGACAUGGCUAUCAUCCUCUUCUCAUCUCUAGGCAACAUCUUCCGCCUCAAACGACCCUCCAGCGGCUAUGACCGAAUGAACGGCGGCGCAGCCGACACUCGUCGUGGCAGCUUCGUCAACCGCGGAGGCCGGAAUGACCUGGACGCCGAGAAUCGAUUGAUAGACCAGUUGGACGAAGAGUGGGAGGAUUAA